CUAGUACAGUUGGUGAUCUUCGUUCAUUCGUUUUAGCAUUUUGCAAGAAAGUCAGUUGUAAACAGUAUUAGACGCGAUACAAAAGUGUUAAAAAUGUUACAAAUUUACAAGUUGGUAAUAUUGUGUUUAUUAUCGGUGACCCUGCAAAUUAGCAGUGGCAGAUUCAAUUCAGUGCCUAUGUCCAAGUUGGCUACCUGUAACGAGUUCGUGACUGAUUCGAAAGAAUGUGAGCAUUACUUUCCCCUCGAUUACAUGAAGAAUUAUCGAAGUGAGAAGUAUAGCUUGUACUUCAAACUGUAUGUGUUUUCGUACCACGAUGCCAACCUGGUGCUUUCGAAUACUAAAUCAGGAGCCGAUUGUCGUGUUGUUAUUGGGGGUUGGUCAAACACGCUGUCAGUUCUGCACUGCAAUGGCAAGGAUUUGGACAAGACUUCAAUUAAGAAUAUAACAUCCCCAAUGUGGCCUAUCCCGGUAGUGAUUCGUCAAACAGUGUGUGGAUGGCUAGACAUCUCGAUCCCUGGCAUCGCUGAGCCCUUGCUUACUGCAAAUGUUGGCAAUUUAAACUUCAAUUACAUUUGCUUGUUUGCCUAUGGAAGCACUAACCGGUGGUUUUACAACUGCACAGAGGAAGAAGAUAAUUUCUACGAAUCCCGUUCGAAUAAUUGUACGAUUUUCUCUGAAUUUCGUCGUAUUGAAGGUAGCCAGACUAAAAAGCAAAGUGACAAUUGCAAUAAUUAAGGAAGAAUUCAUUCCCGAAUUAAACCGAAAUAAUAAACAAUUAUAAACAAUUUGAAUCGACCUAUUUAUGAGGUGCGACUUUGAGCGCGGAUGGUUUAUUUUGAAGUGUUGGAUAUAUAUAUACCCUGACAAAACGAGAAAGCUCCUAAAUGAAAUAUCAUUAU